AUGUACAGUUCGGAAGUGAUGGUUCGUCCCAGAUGUCGCUACCGCGUGCGCAGUCGCUGGCUCUUCACCGCUUCCAUUUUCGUCUUUGGACUAGUCUCCAUACUCACGCUACGAAGGCACACAUCAUCGAGGUCUAGAACCAUUCUCUUCGACUCGGUCGCUCCUUACAGAGGCCGUAGCUACAUUGGGACGAGGGCAACCUACAAGUUUAACCACAGUCCUCCAAACGGUACGUGCGUUUUAACCCGCAAGGACACAGCUACUUUUGUCAUCCUCGUGGGUUCAGCUCCUCAUCAUUUCCCACUCAGAAAUGCCAUACGCGGGACGUGGGGCCGAGAAGCACGAAAUAGCGGAUUUGUUGUCGUCUUUGUCACCGGCAAGCCACCGCCUUCUUCCAAAGAAUACGAAUGGCAGCUGGGGCUGGACACCGAAGCUGCGGUAAAUCGUGAUAUCCUCCAAGGAACCUUCAUCGGGACGUACGGGACCAUGACGAUGCUGAAUAUCUUAGGCCUAAAGUGGGCAGCGGAAGCGUGCGGCUCAGCCGACUUCCUGGUGAAAAUUUCCGACGAUACGUACCUCAACGUGAAACGCCUGAAACAGUCCUUCGAGAACGUCCGGUACAAGUCCGCAGUGGUGUACGCGCGUGUUGACAACAGUGACACGCACUGGAACGGACACAGGCUUGCCCGUGCGCGACAGUCGAUCUGUGUACCGUGCGGGUACGCCCUUAGUAUGGACGUAGUGCCCAUGUUGUUCAACUCCUCCCUAACGGGAUCCUUUAAUAGCAUGGAAGACCUUUUCUGGGCGCAUACUACGGGGACAACAGUGAAGUUGGAGAGCCUGCUCGAUUUCGGAACGUACAUCCGCGGUGUGACAACUCAGUGUGAGGUUAGGAACUUGAUUACGAGUCAUCAGCUGAACGCGUACGAUAUGGAGGUGAUGUGGCGGGAGCUUCGCAAUGCGAAUAGUUCUUGCAGCCCCUCGAAUAAGGAUGAAGGCUUUCGUUGA